CUUUACAAGAUCCUAAUCGAUCAGGCAGACGUUUGGGAAGGGGUAGCGUAGCUGAAACGACGCCGUGCCACGUCAAAGCCCCUCAAGAAUCAGACGAAAGGAAAUAGAAGAGGGAAAAAGAAAUCGGAAUCAGAUCGCAAACUGAUUCCGCAUUCUCAACAUUGAAGCGAUCCAAUUCGAUUUGGAUCGACAACACAAAUCUUACUUCUGGAUUCUAUCAGUUGAUCGAGAAGAUUCAGAAUGGCGCGGAUCUUCGAGUACUUUGUGGUCUGUGGAAUGGGACCAGAGGUUGGAACCGUGGACGGGAACAAGGGGUUCCAUGGAAUGGGAGUGAUGUACUUGCCCUCUCUCCUCGAUCAGUACCCUCCUUCGGAUAAGUCUCGUUACCCUCCUCCUCCUCCGCAACUCCCCACUUGUGUUCUACCAGCUGGUGUUGAGUUGUACUCAUCUGGCUACGAUACCAAUGAUCCCUCCACUUUUCCCCGGAGCUAUCCAAUUGUUUUGACAGAGGGUGACGGAUCAAAAAUAUAUGUUAGUUGCAUUGCAUUUCGGGAUCCAGUGAGUGAGGAUAUUGCUGAAGCUUAUCGUAUGCCUCCAAAUUCAUUUGCUGACAAGUGUAUUUGCCUUGUUUCACACUCGCCUAGUUUCCGUGUUCUUCGAAAUGCAUUGGAAGAAGUUUUUAUGCUUUGCUUUUCUCCUAAUGGAAGUAGCAAGCCAUUGUGGGAUAUUAUUGCAUAUAUGGUGUCCAAUGUACCCUUGCCUACUCCUGGAAAGGAUCGAGUCUUAUUUGCUAUUGAGAAUUCCUUGCUUUCUGUAGAAGCUCCUCCAAAAGAUGGCCUACCCCAUGCAGAUGUAUCAUUUCAGCCACUGGUACAAUGCUUGGAUGUUGACAACUUCAUUAAACUUUUUACAGCUGUCUUGCUCGAAAGAAGGAUUUUGCUUCGGUCAAACAAGUAUUCACUUUUAACUCUAGUGUCAGAAGCCAUAUGCCAUUUAAUGUAUCCAUUUCGGUGGCAGCAAGUCUACAUUCCAUUGCUAUUUUUCAGUGGAGUAGACUAUAUCGAUGCUCCUACACCAUAUAUGAUGGGUCUCCACUCAGGUGUUGAUAUAUCCCAUCUUGUGAUGGAUGGUGUGGUAGUUGUGGAUCUAGAAUUUAAUCGAAUAACCACAUCUGAGGAAAUACCUCCAAUUCCAGAGCCGGAAUUGAGUUUUUUACGAAGUGAAGUACUGAAAUUAUUAUAUCCCAAUGUUGUGGGAAUAGAUCAGAUGAAGGUUGGGUUUGGUAGUUCCACUGAGCAAUAUUCUAAAGUGGGCAACAAACUUUGGGGAGAGGAUCAUGACCUUCAACUCAGGUUAAUAUUCUUAAGGUUCUUUGCAUCUAUUUUAGGUGGCUACCGCAAUUUUAUAAAUACUUCCAAUAAUGCUUUCAACACAGAAGCAUUUUUGAAGAGGCGGUCCCGAUCAACCAACCAGCCACCUGAGCCCAUGAUCUCACAGUUUUUAGGUUCUCUGGCUUUUUAUCAUUAUCUGGAUAGAGGUAUAGGUUCUGAUGAGAACACUAGUAAUCUCCUUGACAAGUUACAAGAUGCAAUUGGAAGAGGUCAAAAUCCUAUUUCAAUUUUCCCCUCCCCUUCAGUGGACCCUGAGAUCAUAACAAUAGCAGAGUCUGAUGAAGGAAUAUCUGGUGAAUAUGAGUUUGCCUUUUUGUCAAGUGCCAAAAUUGGAAAGCAUACUCCUAGUUCACCUUCUGCGGUGCCUAACAGUGCCAAAGCAGACACUCUUAGUCCAAUGGAGAGAGCUGCUGAAAGAGAACGCAUGGUUUUGGAUAUAAAAGUCAAGCUGCAGGGAUUGUGGUUGCGUCUUCUGAAAUUAGGUGCAACUGAUGAUCCACUUUCAUCAUUUGAGUAUGGCACAAUCCUAGCUUUGAUCGAGUCUGAUGCUGAGGGAAUUGGUGGUAGUGGAUUUGUAGAAUGUAUAAGAGAGCAUAUAAAUUCAGGAUGGCACUGUCAAUUGACCGAGGAACAGUUCAUUGCUGUGAAAGAAUUGCUUAAGACAGCAGUUAGUCGGGCUACCUCUAGGAAUGAUGUGCCUACCAUUAGGGAUGCCCUUGAAGUCUCUUCCGAGAUGUAUAAGAAGGAUGCUAAUAAUGUUGCAGACUAUGUCCAACGUCAUCUUAUUUCUCUAUCUAUUUGGGAGGAGUUACGAUUUUGGGAGGGUUACUUUGACUAUCUAAUGGAGCAAUCCUCGGAUGAGUCAGCCAAUUAUGCAACAUUGGUUACAGCUCGUCUUAUUGUAGUGGCAUCACACAUGGCUGGGCUAGGACUUCCUGAUACUGAUGCGUGGUACAUGAUUGAAACAAUAGCAGAGAAACAAAAAGUUGUGUAUAAGCAGUUCAUAAUGCUCAGAGGAUUUUUAUCACAUAUCCAGCAACUUCGUAUUGGUUACUGGGGUAUCUCAUCUGUAAAACAACAAUCAGUGUCAUCUCAUGGAUUGACGUCUCCACAUCCUAAAGAUGCCUCAGAUGAAAAUAAGCAACCUGCUGAGGCUUCUGGUAUUGGAAGGAGCUGGGUUCAAAGUAUGUUCAGCAGGGAUACAUCACGAACAAAUUCAUUUGGCCGUGUUCGUAGAUGGACUUCAGACAGUGGUACCUCAGUUGCAAAUGAGAACGGGACCCUUCGCAAGCAAGAUCUUUCUGCUGCUGGGCAGAAGAAAACUCAAACCAACAUACGGAUACUUAGGGGCCACAGUGGUGCAGUCACUGCUUUGCACUGUGUAACAAGGAGAGAGGUCUGGGAUCUGGUGGGUGACCGUGAAGAUGCUGGUUUCUUUAUCAGUGGAAGCACAGAUUGCUUGGUUAAGAUUUGGGACCCUAGCAUCCGUGGUUCUGAACUUCGAGCAACUCUGAAAGGACAUACAAGAACUAUACGUGCCAUUAGUUCUGAUAGAGGAAAGGUGGUAUCAGGAUCUGAUGAUCAGUCUGUCAUUGUAUGGGACAAGCAAACAUCUCAGCUUCUAGAAGAGUUGAAGGGCCACGAUCCACAGAUCAGCUGUGUCCGGAUGCUGUCUGGCGAGCGUGUUCUUACUGCUGCCCAUGAUGGAACUGUGAAGAUGUGGGAUGUUCGAACAGAUACUUGUGUUGCAACAGUUGGUCGGUGCUCUAGUGCAGUCUUAUGCAUGGAGUAUGAUGAUUCCUCUGGAAUCCUGGCUGCUGCUGGCAGAGAUGCGGUCGCAAACAUCUGGGACAUUCGUGCAGGCAGGCAGAUGCACAAGCUCUUAGGACAUACUAAAUGGAUUCGGUCAAUUAGAAUGGUUGGAGACACUGUGAUUACUGGUAGUGAUGAUUGGACAGCAAGAAUGUGGUCUGUUUCCCAAGGAACUUGCGAUGCUGUUCUUGCCUGCCAUGCGGGUCCUGUAUUAUCCGUAGAAUAUUCCAUAUUAGACAGAGGAAUAAUAACAGGAUCAACUGAUGGGUUGCUUCGGUUCUGGGAGAAUGAGGAAGGAGGAAUAAGAUGUGUGAAGAACGUUACAAUCCCCAGUGCUGCAAUAUUAUCUAUAAAUGCUGCGGACCACUGGUUAGGAAUUGGAGCUGCUGAUAAUUCAAUGUCUCUCUUUCAUCGGCCUCAAGAAAGGCCGGGUGGUGUCUCUAGCUCGGGAUCAAAAAUGGCUGGGUGGCAACUUUACAGGACUCCACAAAGAACAGCUGCUAUGGUAAGAUGUAUAGCUUCGGACCUUGAAAGGAAAAGGAUAUGUAGCGGUGGUCGUAAUGGAGCUCUUAGACUUUGGGAAGCCACCAUCAACAUAUGAAGUUUUUUAUAGCAUUUAAUGUGUAGUUUUUUAGUUGCUUAUGUGCUAAAUAUGAAAGAGAGUGUGUGUGUGACAGAAAUGAUAAAAAAUUUUGCUCUUUUUUGUUCUUUUUGUUUCUCUCCAGCUUGUAUCAUUUGUGUAAUUUGUAUAGUCAGUGAUCAUUGUAUUGAAGCCAAUUGUUGAGUUGCUCGCCAGAUUUGGCAGUUUCUUCAGUCACGCGAUAACAGUGUUUUCUGCUCGUGCAAGAAUUUAUAGUGUCUUUAUGGCUUGAAUUCAAUAUCUACUUCACCGGUUUCUUCAGUCA